AAUGAGCGCGGCGGCGGCGGCGGCGGCGGGGCGGAGCGGAGUGGCUCACUCGCUAGGGCGCGCGGCGAUGUGACCAUUCGCGCGGGGCUGUGCCGCGCACCAUCCGAGCCGCCCGCGGCGGAGCGAGUGCGGCCAGCGUCGCCACAGGUGAUUCGCUUUCCCAUGCCGGCAGCCUAGCCAGCUGGACCCACUGCAAAACAAUCUUCUGUUAGUCCUUUCGGAUCGGGUGCCAUCUGGAGAAGAGAGAAGACCCCUAGGAAAAGUCUCACUGUUGAUAAACCGAUCACCAAAAUUUAAAAAGUGACUGCGCUCCUUACCUCUUCUUCCGCGAGCAGAUGGUGGACAUGGCUUGUCCUUUCCUUCUCUGCCUCUUGCUCGCUCAGCUGGGAUUGGGAGCGGUCGGCGCCAGCCGCGACCCCCCGGGACGGCCGGAUCCCCACCGGGAGAGGCCCCUGAGGGCUAAGCAGCAUGCGCAGCAGGCGGCUCGAGCCUCCGCCCCGGACUCCUCGGCUCCCUGGAGCCGCUCCACCGACGGCACCAUCUUGGCGCAGAAGCUCGCAGAAGAGGUGCCCAUGGACGUGGCCUCUUACCUCUACACCGGGGACUCCCACCAGCUGAAGCGGGCCAACUGCUCCGGCCGCUAUGAGUUGGCUGGCCUGCUAGGGAGGUCGCCAGCCCUCGCCAGCUCCCAUCCCUCCUUGCACGGAGCGCUGGACACGCUGACACAUGCCACCAACUUCCUCAACAUGAUGCUGCAGAGCAAUAAGUCUCGGGAGCAGAACUUGCAGGACGACCUGGAGUGGUACCAGGCGCUGGUGCGCAGCCUGCUGGAGGGGGAGCCCAGCAUUUCCCGGGCGGCCAUCACCUUCAGCACCGAGUCGCUGUCCGCGCCCACCCCGCCGGUCUUCCUUCAAGCCACCCGCGAAGAGAGUCGCGUCCUGCUCCAGGACCUGUCCUCCUCUGCCCACCACCUGGCCAACGCCACGCUGGAGACUGAGUGGUUCCAUGGCCUCCGGCGCAAGUGGAGGCCCCACUUACACCGCCGCGGCUCCAAUCAGGGGCCCCGGGGCCUGGGCCACAGCUGGAGGCGCAGGGAUGGACUCAGCAGCGACAAGAGUCACGUCAAGUGGUCGCCACCAUAUCUGGAGUGUGAGAACGGGAGUUACAAACCUGGAUGGCUGGUCACGCUUUCAGCUGCCUUCUAUGGGAUGCAGCCUAAUCUGGUCCCAGAAUUCAGGGGUGUUAUGAAAGUUGAUAUAAAUCUUCAGAAAGUGGAUAUUGACCAAUGUUCAAGUGAUGGCUGGUUUUCAGGAACUCACAAAUGCCACCUUAACAACUCAGAGUGUCUGCCAAUUAAAGGCCUAGGAUUUGUACUUGGAGCCUAUGAGUGCAUUUGCAAAGCAGGAUUCUAUCAUCCUCGAGUCUUAGUGAACAACUUUCACAGAAUGGAUUCAGAUCAUCAGUCUUCAGGAAGUGCAAAAGGUGUGUCAGAAGAAACCCAUGUCUGCCUGCCCUGCAGAGAAGGCUGUCCCUACUGCGCUGAUGACCGUCCAUGCUUUGUCCAAGAGGAUAAGUAUUUGCGACUUGCGAUCAUCUCCUUCCAAGCCCUGUGUAUGCUGCUGGAUUUCAUCAGCAUGCUGGUGGUUUACCACUUUCGCAAAGCAAAGAGCAUCAGAGCAUCAGGCCUUAUCCUGCUGGAAACAAUCCUUUUUGGGUCUCUGCUAUUGUACUUUCCUGUUGUUAUUUUGUACUUUGAGCCAAGUACAUUUCGCUGUAUUCUUCUAAGAUGGGUCCGCCUUCUUGGUUUUGCCACUGUCUAUGGAACUGUCACCCUGAAGCUUCAUAGGGUUUUGAAGGUGUUUCUUUCCCGAACAGCACAACGAAUUCCAUAUAUGACUGGUGGCCGGGUCAUGAGGAUGCUAGCAGUCAUGCUCUUGGUGGUGUUUUGGUUUCUCAUUGGCUGGACUUCAUCUGUGUGCCAGAAUUUGGAGAGGGAAAUUUCACUUAUUGGCCAGGGGCAGACAUCUGAUCACCUCAUCUUCAAUAUGUGCCUCAUUGACCGCUGGGACUACAUGGCAGCAGUUGCUGAAUUUUUAUUCCUCUUGUGGGGUGUUUAUCUCUGCUAUGCAGUGAGGACAGUCCCCUCAGCAUUUCAUGAGCCCCGCUACAUGGCUGUCGCAGUUCACAAUGAGCUCAUUAUCUCUGCUAUAUUUCACACAAUUAGAUUUGUUCUUGCUGCAAGACUUCAGUCUGACUGGAUGCUGAUGCUGUAUUUUGCACAUACUCAUUUGACUGUGACAGUCACCAUUGGGUUGCUUCUGAUUCCAAAGUUUUCACAUUCAAGCAAUAACCCACGAGAUGAUAUUGCCACAGAGGCUUAUGAGGAUGAGCUGGAUAUGGGCCGGUCUGGAUCCUACCUGAACAGCAGUAUCAAUUCAGCCUGGAGUGAGCACAGUUUGGAUCCAGAAGACAUUCGGGAUGAGCUGAAGAAACUUUAUGCCCAAUUAGAAAUAUAUAAAAGGAAGAAGAUGAUCACAAACAAUCCCCACCUCCAGAAAAAGCGGUGCUCGAAGAAGGGCUUAGGUCGUUCUAUCAUGAGACGUAUCACUGAGAUCCCAGAGACUGUGAGCAGGCAGUGCUCCAAAGAGGACAAGGACCUUGCAGACCAUAGCACAACCAAAGGCACAGCCCUCAUCAGGAAGAACCCCCCAGAGUCUUCAGGAAACACUGGGAAGCCCAAGGAAGAGUCCCUGAAAAAUCGAGUCUUUUCACUCAAGAAAUCUCAUAGCACUUAUGACCAUGUGAGAGAUCAGACCGAAGAGUCCAGUAGCCUGCCAACAGAAAGCCAAGAGGAGGAAGCUACUGAAAAUUCCACACUAGAAUCCCUUUCAAGUAAAAAACUGAUGCAAAAGCUUAAAGAGGACAGUGAGGCUGAGUCCACAGAGUCCGUGCCUUUGGUGUGUAAGUCAGCAAGCGCUCACAAUCUGAGCUCUGACAAGAAACCUGGGCACCCACGAACAUCUAUGCUACAAAAGUCUCUCAGUGUCAUAGCAAGUGCUAAGGAGAAGACUCUUGGAUUAGCUGGGAAAACCCAAGCGUCUGGUGCAGAGGACCGUGCUAAAUCCCAGAAGGCUCUGCCAAAAGAUAAAGAACCUAACAGAAAGAACUCAAAUUCAGACAACACAGAGACAAAAGAUUCUACACCACAAAACUCCAAUCAUAUGGAGGAGCCAAGGAAGCCUCAGAAGUCUGGGAUUAUGAAACAACAAAGGGUCAAUCCUGCCACUGCCAACUCUGACCUGAGCCCAGGUACCACACAGAGGAAGGACAAAUUUGACAUUGGGGAAGUGUGCCCUUGGGAGGUGUAUGACCUGACACCUGGUCCUGUGCCUUCAGAAUCAAAAUCUCAAAAGCAUGUGUCCAUUGCAGCUUCUGAAAUGGAGAAAAACCCAACUUUUUCCUUAAAGGAGAAAUCUCACCACAAGCCUAAGGCAGCUGAAGGAUGUCAGCAGUCCAAUCCGAAGGGCAUAAAUAAGGCUGAAGUCUGUCCGUGGGAGAACCAAGGUCAGUCCCUAUUUGAAGAUGAGAAGCACUUGGUUUCCACGACUCCAGUCCUCCCAGGGAGAGCCAAAGAUGAGAACGGAGGUCCACAUUAUACAGCGAAUGUGAGUACUGGGCAAUAUGAAGAACUACCCCCUAAAAUCGUAGCAUCAAAAGUAGAGCCUGAAAAUCUCAACCAAAUAGGAGACCAGGAAACAAAGACAUUACCCUCUGUGGAAAAUGUUCCUGGAUCCUACAACUCUAGUAAUAAUUUCCAGCAACCUUUAAUAUCACGUGCUGAGGUAUGUCCUUGGGAGUUUGAGACCCCAGCACAACCAAAUGCUGAGAGAAGUGUAGCUUUACCUGCUUCUUCUGCUUUAAAUGCAAGUAAGAUAGCAGGGCCUCGGAAAUAAGAGGCCUGGGACACUUUUAAAGAAUUGUAUCCCAAGGAAGAAAAAAAGAAGGAAAUCCCAAAUUCAAAAUACAACAGGCAAUCUAAAAGUAAAAAACUCCCCAAGGUAUUUCAUCAUUCAAGGGAAGAAUGACAGCGAAGAGCGGUCGAAGUCAUUGGCUGAGGAGGGCCAGAAGGCACGUGAAUGCUGUCACAGUGCAGAAGUCAUCCUUCAGCCAAGGAAGUUAUACCCUGGCAGCACUAGGAAGAUUCCUGUCCUGCAAGGGAAUUACCCUCAAUGGGGAAUUUACCCUCCAUGCUUGCCUCUGAUCAGUUUUUAUCCAUGGGACUUUGAAGAUCCAAAGAAACACAAGCUAGGAGACACUGAAGACAUGAUGUUUUACAAAGAAGAAAAAAGGGAGAAGUCUAGAUGACUGAAGUUCUGAGUCGCUGACUGAAAAGAACUUACUUUACCUAUUUAACCUUGAUAGCACUGCUAACUUAAUGCAUCCCCAAAAGUAUCUUUUAUAUUAAUGGUUGCCCUCAUUUCUUAUGUUUCAGUAUAUUGUUGUGCCUCAUAUCCAAGCAUUCCAGGUUGUAUAAUUUUUGCAAAUAACUUUGAUAUUAUGUGACACAACUCAUUUAUGCAAUCUGUAGCUACUCAAUUGUUUUAACAACUUACAGAAAACCUGCUAUCUAUCAACCUUAGUUGGUUCUUGAAGUACAGUAAGC